AACAAGCAAAGCGCCAUAGAAACCAGAAAAGUAGCUCCAAAAGUGCUCUCUCUCUCUCUCUAACCGAACAACAGACCCUUGCCUUCACCCUACGCAAAUACAUACAUAUAAAUCUAUAUAUGAACAUGGCUUCUCUGGUUUUGCCCUCACCUUCGUCAUCUUUUUCUUCUUCUUCUUCUUCAACAUCGUCAUCUUCUUCGUCUCUGUUUUCUCGCUCCUCUCUCAGCCGCCGAAUUUUCCUUCCCAACGAGCCUACUUCUCGAAUCCGCGCUUUAAACCUUGUCAGAUGUGAUCAUGGUGAACCGUUGAAUCGAAAGCCGUGCGUUCCAAUUCUUAGUGAAGGAACAUUGUCCAAGUUCUUGGCAUCCAAGCGCCUAGAGAGUAGUGCAGUUAAUAGAAACCAUAAUAGGUUGAAAAUAUUCUCUGGCCUGGCAAAUCCUGCUCUUUCUCAGGAAAUUGCAUGGUACAUGGGCCUUGAUCUGGGAAAAAUAAACAUAAGUCGGUUCGCUGAUGGCGAGAUUUAUGUUCAGUUGCAAGAAAGUGUUAGAGGAUGCAAUGUGUACUUAGUGCAGCCCACCUGCCCUCCAGCAAACGAAAAUCUCAUGGAACUUUUAGUAAUGAUAGAUGCUUGUCGAAGGGCAUCAGCCAAAAAUAUUACUGCUGUGAUUCCAUAUUUUGGGUAUGCCAGAGCUGAUAGAAAGACACAAGAGCGUGAAUCCAUUGCUGCCAAACUUGUAGCAAACCUUAUCACUGAAGCAGGUGCAGAUCGUGUUCUUGCUUGCGAUCUUCAUUCCGGCCAAUCCAUCGGUUAUUUUGAUAUUCCAGUGGAUCACGUACACUGUCAGCAUGUGAUUCUUGAUUAUCUUGCUAGCAAGAGGGUUUGCUCCAAUGAUUUGGUAGUGGUCUCACCUGAUGUUGGAGGGGUUGCAAGAGCACGCGCUUUUGCAAAAAAAUUAUCUGAUGCACCUUUAGCCAUUGUGGAUAAAAGGCGUCACGGGCACAACCUUGCUGAGGUGAUGAAUCUCAUUGGAGAUGUUAAAGGAAAAGUUGCAGUCAUGGUGGAUGACAUGAUUGACACUGCUGGUACUAUAGCAAAAGGUGCAGCUCUGUUACAUGAAGAGGGGGCCAGGGAAGUUUAUGCGUGUAGCACUCAUGCUGUUUUUAGCCCUCCUGCCGUUGAAAGACUGUCUAGCGGACUGUUUCAAGAGGUCAUCGUUACAAACACGAUACCAGUGAUGGAGAAGAACUACUUCCCACAGUUGACAGUUCUUUCAGUCGCAAACCUACUGGGUGAAACCAUUUGGCGUGUUCAUGAUGAUUGUUCUGUGAGUAGCAUUUUUCAGUGAUGUGUUGUUAGGAUUGACUGAUAGCAUCUCCUACCAUACACAUUGGAGGUGGAAAAGUUCAUAUCUCCUUUCUCUCACUCUGUCAAGAUUUGUUUCCUUACUCCCUUUGUCUUUCCCUUACAUCUUCACUGACCCGAAAGCACAGCACCAACUGAGUUGGUGCUAUCUUAUUUCUUCCCCAUUCCUUCCCACCCUUGUUCUGAAUUUGAUCAGAUAUACAUAUUCUGUCUGGAAAACCCAUCAUUAGAAAGUAGUUUCAGGAAGAUCUCGCUGAUGACAGGACAUACUUGCUGUAAAAUUAUUGAAAUGAUCUUUAUGUAAAUUCUGGAUUUAUAGUAAGGCAAGGUGUGUCACUGUAUUAUUACGUUGAUUUUAUCCGAUUAAGGAUUUGGGGCAUUGAGAAGGAAAAUCUUAUGCUGCUUAA